GGACCGUCUCUAUCCUUGAAGAUGCGGCAGGAGAGCCUUAUCUACAAGCUACCAUUCCACGGAGGAAUAAAAAGUGGACAUGAUAAGACAUCUUGGUUCUACUCUAAAAGGAUUAUAAAGUGGACAGUGCUUUGCCCCCAGAUGUGAACACUUAUGCUGGCAUUUUCUUCAUAAGAAAUGAAAAAACAUGUUUCUGUGCAGAUUUUCUGCCGGAGCCAACUCUAAAGUUAGUAGACUAAACUGAAAACAUAUUUGCUUAUAUUCUGGACAUUAAACUGAAUUUUAUGAGCCGACUGUAUGUGAAUCACCGGGCAUCAGUGACAAAAAGUUGAGACAGUUAAAAGUAAAACAAUAGUCGUUCUUCGCGCGUCGGGCAGCUUGGAGCAGUUUAUACAGCGGUGUGGCCAACAGUCCAGGCGCGUUUUGGAAAUGGAGCAAAAUAAUGAAAGCUUGUUCCUUUGGAAGUGUAUUAUUUUUCGUAUCGGCACCCGAUUAUAAAUGUAAUGGGAAUACAAACGGACAUAGCAAGCCAAACAUGAGUGUUGAGAAACAUGGCUUAUGUUAUAAUUUCCUAUGCGUAAUGGACAAAUAACAACAGCUACAAAGAAGCAGCCUCUUUUACAGGGCCGUAGACAGCUGUAGUGAUGAUUUCAGCUGGGGGAGUGAUCACAGGCCAUCUUGCUGCGCUGAAGAGGCAGGACUCUGCCCGCUCCCAGCACCACCUGCCCAUCCAGUCCCUAGCCCCAGGAGAGAUCCAGGAGAAGAGGAAGGCCAAGAGUAAACCCCGGGCCGAUGUGGUUGUGGUCAGGGGAAAAAUCCGCCUCUACUCUGCCUCUGGGUUCUUCCUCAUCCUGGGUGUGUUGAUCCUGAUGGUGGGCAUCGUCAUGGCCGUACUGGGCUACUGGCCACACAGAGAGCCCCUUGUAGCGGCCAAUGCCAAGCUAUCCACCAACGACACUAGGGUGACCCGGGAGCAGGGCGGUACGCUGAUCCAGUUUUUUGAGCAGCACCUGCACUCUGAGAAGAUGAAGAUGCUGGGACCGUUCACCAUGGGUAUCGGUAUCUUCAUCUUCAUCUGUGCCAAUGCCAUCCUGCACGAAAACAGGGACCGGGAGACCAAGGUGAUCCACAUGAGGGACAUGUACUCCACUGUUAUCGACAUCCACAGCCUGAGGAUCAAAGAGCACAAGUACAUGAACGGGGCCUACUCAGUCCCAUAUGGGGAGCAUGAGGUCAGGACCUAUGAGAACCAGUGUGCCUCCAAGCUAGCUGCUGACACCCUGCUAGGGUUCCCCGAUAUGGGGAACGACGUGAGGGUGUCUCGCAGGACCAGCUCUACGGAGGACGAGGAGGGUCUUCUCAACGAGGCCAAAGGGGGGCAUGGCCUCCUGCCUUCAUUCUGCAGAGAUCGCUCUGGCUCCAUCUUUGGCCUGCAGCAUGAAGGCAGUCGCCACUGGCACGAGAAGAGCAACUUCCCCAAGAGAUGCCAGACCAGAUCCAUCGUCUCGUCCUCCAUCAGCGCUUUUACCCUGCCUGUGAUUAAGCUCAACAACUGUGUGAUUGACGAGCCUGACAUGGACAACAUCACAGAGGACCUGGAACACAUGAGGGUUAGGGCCAGACUCCCCUCUUUGCAGUCCCUUUCCCUGGCUGUGCCUGUCCCGGUGGACAUCGCCAAAACCUACAAACCCCCUGGUGUCAUGCUCCUCAGGAGUAACUCGGCCACAGAGUCCCACUCCUCGUCCUCUCAUAGCUCUCUGUCCCCAGGUUCUGCCAGUGGGAGCUACCUGUCCCCCGGGGUGGCCCGGAAGGACUUUGGCGCCAACAACUCCCUCUACAUGCUGUCUUCUCACUCCAAGUCUCUGGACCUGGAUCGAAGGCCCACCACCCUGACAGUGAAGCCAGAGCAGAGGAAACAUCCUAGCUGGCCCCGACUGGACCGCAGCAACAGUAAAGGCUACAUGAAGCUGGAGAACAAGGACGAUCCUAUGGACAGACUGCAGCUGCCCCAGGUAGCAGUCAAACGGGAUUACACCAAGAAAGAGAAGCUGCUCAUGAUCUCCAGGUCUCACAAUAACCUCAGCUUUGAACAUGAUGAGCAGUUCGUGAGCAACACUAUGAAACGAGGGAGCUCGGAGACCAGGUUUUAAAUGGAACACUUACAAAGCCUGGUCCCAGAUGUGUUGGUACUGUCUUGCAACAAUGACCAUACAGAUGUAGGAUCUUAAUUUGCGUCAGUUUGCUACAGCAGGAAAAUAAACUUGCAGCACCAGGAAAUUUGAA